GCCCGCUUCUCUGAAACACCAUCGCUAUAAUAUCAAAACGGGUUACUGCUCGCGCCCCAUUUUCCCAUAUCCCUCACCGCGGAUGUCUUGUGGAUUCCCCCGGGAAGUCCUGAAAUGGAUUCUAAGCUUAGAUCUAUCAUACGCAGUUAAGAACCCAAAGAGGGACUUCGCAAAUGGCUUUCUGUACGCUGAAAUCUUGUCGCGAUACUACCCAGCGGAUGUCCAAAUGCAUUCCUUUGAAAACGUUGCCAGUAUGGAACGCAAGAAAUCGAAUUGGGCGCUGCUGGAAAAGGUCAUUAAACGCAAGCGCAUCCCCAUCGAGCGCUCGCAGAUCGAAGCGGUGAUCGCUGCGGAGGGUGACGCAGCCGUUGAGGUACUUCAAGCAAUCUUCAGCUUCAUCCAUAGCCCCAGCUACGAGGCUUCCAAGUCUGCCAACGCAAGCAGCAACAACCUAGCGGAGGCCGCAUCCGCGCAACAACGGGAUCGCGGGCACGAUGCCUCCACUAGCGGAGGCGGCGGUGGCGGUGGCGGUGGCCAGCUGCAACAGCAACAACCGGACUUCGUACCGCUGCCGGGAGGUCCAAAUCCGUACGAGCAGUUGCAGCACCAACAGAUGCAGAUGUACGGAGGACAGAUGGCCAAUGCCAUGUACUUUGGUAGCGGAGGUGGCGGAGGCGGGAGCGGGAGCGGGGGCGGCUACAGCGGAAUGGGCCAACAGCAGCAACAGCAGCAGCAAGCGCUCCUACAAGCGCAGAAUUCCGCCAUGUACCAACAGCAGCAGCAGCAACAGCAACAGCAGCUCGCAUACGCAGCCAUGCAGCAACAACAGCUACAGCAAUUGCAGCAACAACAACAGCAACAGCAGCAAAUGAGUGGAUAUGCAGCGGCAGCCACAGCGGCUGCUACGAUGGGGUACGGGUAUGGGUACGGCUACUAUACGGCAUCCGUACCUCCGUCUGCUGCUUCUGCUGCCGGGCCCAUGCAGCAGCAGCAGCCCUCCAUGCAGCAGCAGCAGCCGCAGCAACGAAGUUCGCCUGGGAGAAGUGCCGCUGGUGGCGGCGGGGCCGGCUCAGCAGCACCAGCAGCUGCUGCUAGCAGACGGACGCAAUCCAACGGCUCCCGACCCCAACAACAACAACAACAACAACAGCAACAAUAUCAAGAGGCGGUAGCGGCGGCGCCAGGCAUGGCAUCAGCUGCUGCACCCACUGCUGCGGGCGGGGGCUAUGCGGCGGCGUAUGCGCUCUCGUACGCGGAGCAGAUGCGGCAGCAGGCGGCGGCGGUGGGCUACAGUCCCGACCAGCAGCAGCUGGUGUACCAGCAGGCGCUGUACCAGUACCAGCAGCAGGCGGCAGCAGCGGCGCAGCUGGCGGGAGGUGUGCCCGAGGACAGCGGGGGCUACGGCAACGGUGCAAACGGGGCUAACAACAAGGGCCAAGAAGGUUCCCCGGAUCGGGAAGGGUUGCCGUACAGUCGAAAGCCGCGCCCCGUUGAUUUCAAACCGUACGACAUAAAGGACUUUGAGGAGAAGUCCUACAACGUGAAGGGCGGUCGCGCCUACUGGCAGCUCGGCAAGCUGGGGCCCGACUUGGAGACGGAGGAGCUGCAGGCCAAGCGUGAGGCAAAGGAGCGCAUCAAGAAGAUGGCGGAGCAGGUGCGUGAGGAGAACGCGCGCAAAGCCAACAGCCGCGUAAAGCAGCGACCGGGGGAGGCCACCACCGCUGCACCUGCGGCAGCAGGCCCUGCAGGCGGGCAGGGCGGCGGUGGUAGCAGCGCUGCGGAAAGCGGCGGUGGCGGUGGCGGUGGCGUGGCUAGCAGCCCCAGCGGCGCUGCCGCGAAGGAACGGUCGGAGCGGAGUGAGAAGGGGGAUAAGGAGAUCAGCGCGCGGGAGAGGGCGCUGCAGUUCGCGAAGAACAUCCCGCGACCGGAGCCCAAGCCACAGAAGAAGGCGGCGGCGCCGGCGGGAGGAGGGGAGCAGGCCGACGCGCCUCCCCCCCUGUCCGAGCUAGAGCAGCUGGAGGCGCAGCACCGGGAGCGGCAGCAGGAGGUGGACAAGAUACGAGCUGAGCUGGCGAGGAUACUGUAAACGAGUGGGAGGAGUAGGGGA